AUGACAAUUCUACCCCAGGGCUUCAGUCUUACUUCCAAUGUUGCUCUCCCAGGCAAUCUGCCCAGGCACUGGACUUAUUCUUGCUCUGCACCGUUGCCCAUUGGUGCCAAUUUACUUGCUGGAGAAGAGGGGCUUUACCUCUCCCUUGCACCCCUAAACCCCGUUUCUCCAGGGUUUCCCACCUUUUCCAAACCCUGUUUAUCUCUCAGCUCUCUGACGGACUCAGAUAAUCUUGUGAGGAAAGAAAAAAAACUUUUCCAAGAAGUCUUCCAGACAUUGGGAAAGGAGCUAUAUUCACCCCCCAAGAAAGCUUCAAGGGAUUCAGGCAUAUCGACCGAAGUGGAGAUGAUGCUCAUGUCCUGCAGUGAGGCUAUCACACCCCAUUUUGGCCAGACAGAAUCUGAAACUAAAUCCUCCAGCCGUGGCGUCCUAGGCGCCCGCCCCGAGGCGGCACCCUCCGCCCGCCGCCUUCCCCUGAGCCCCCGGCCUUGCCCGUCGCUCUCCGAGCGCUUCUCGGCCCCGCCGUGCUGUCCCAGCUCCUGCACCGGGGUCCCCGGCCCCCAAGAUGAAGCUCCAGCUGCUGCUGGCGCUGCUGCUCUUGCACCACGCGCUGGAGGACGCUUGCCGGCAGCUGCUCGGCCCUGGGGAAUCCGGCCGGACUCGCUCCCGCCUGACGUCCCGUCGCGAGCAUCUCCUGCCGGAGCCUGGCCCAGCCCCAGUGUCCACGUGUCGGCGCGGGAGGCGGAGAGGAUGCUGCGGGCGGAUGCUAGCCCGGCACCAGGCAGCUCCGCGUCCCAGGGCAGGGCAGGGCAGGGCGAGGGCGGCUGCCACCUCAGCAAGGCGAGGGCUCCUCCUCCGGCUAACGAAGCGAUCUCCCGCCCUUUUGGAGAACGUAACUACAAUAGUCCCGUUGCUUUCUCACAGUUUGCUGGUCAACAUGCUCCAAAGAAUAAGCAUCCAAAGGAGCCGGGAGAGAACAGAGUCAAGCCAGCUGGCAAAAAGGUGAAACCCAAAAUUUUGAAAAUGAAGGACAGAGAUUCUACUGAUCAAAGAACAUCAUCUAUAAUGACACAGAUGUUGGAGAAAGGGCGCUUUCAGAAACCAGCAGCGACCCUUAGUCUGAAGGCAGGGCAGACCCUAGAGCUUCGAUGUAAAGGACUAAAAUUGAUGGAGUUAUCCUCCUAUUUUGACAUCUUUAAGGAUUCCCGUCUCAGUGUGAAGCAGCAUGCACGCUAUGGCCAGCUGAUCCUGGUCAAUUCCACCGCAGCUGACACAGGCGAGUUCAGCUGCUGGGGGCAGCUCUGUGAUGGCUACAUCUGCAGGAGGGAUGAGGCCAAGACCGGCUCCACCUACAUCUUUUUUACAGAGAAAGGGGAACUCUUUGUACCAUCUCCCAGCUACUUUGAUGUUGUCUACCUGAACCCUGACAGACAAGCUGUAGUUCCUUGUCGAGUGACCGUCGUGUCAGCCAAAGUCACUCUCCACAGGGAGUUUCCAGCCAAGGAAAUUCCAGCCAAUGGCACCGACAUCAUGUAUGACGUGAGGAGAGGCUUUGUCUACCUGCAGCCACAUUCUGACCAGCAAGGGGUUGUCUACUGCAAGGCGGAGGCUGGGGGCAAGUCUCAGAUCUCUGUCAAGUACCACCUGCUCUACGUGGAAGUUCCCAGUGGCCCUCCAUCAACCACCAUCUCAGCAUCCUCAAACAAAGUGAAAGGGGGGGAUGACAUUAGCAUCCUCUGCACUGUCCUAGGGGAGCCUGAUGUGGAGGUGGAGUUCAGGUGGAUCUAUCCAGGACAGAAGGAUGAGAGGCCCGUGACCAUCCAGGACACAUGGAGGCUGAUCCACAGGGGGCUCACACACACCACCCGGAUAUCCCAGAGUGUCCUCACAGUGGAGGACUUUGAGACCAUUGAUGUGGGAUAUUAUAUUUGCACGGCCCAGAAUCCCCAAGGACAGACUACAGUAGCCACCACUGUUGAGUUUUCCUAACUUGGAAAAAUGAAGCAGAAUGAACUGAUGGA